GUAGACCCCCUGUUUGAGUAAAACAUAAAUGCAAAAAAUUUUUGUUGUCGACGGUCGCAGGUUCUUUUUUGUGGGUAAAAACCGCCGCAGUUUGUCUGAAAUUAGAUUUAGUGUACUGAUUAUGUUACCAUUUAGUAGAUAUUAGUUGUUUUUGUGCCGCAAAAGUGAUGAAAAAGUGCAUCGGCACCCUCGACCAAGCCCACUCCGGUGGCGUUUACAUUUUCAUCUUUUUCCUCACUUUCCUCACCAUUUCCGCUGCCCUUCCGGUUGCAGAUGAGACAACCGAAAAAGCCGCCCCAGUGGACGCAAAUACCACCUUUGUGUGUUUUACGCGCACCGAGAGGAUUCUCUGGACGAGAAAUGGGAAGAACAUCACAAAGAGCGACAAGAGGUUCAUCUCGAGAGUAGCCAUGGUCAAUGAUGAUGACUCCAUUGUCGAUGGGAAGGUUUUCUCACAAGAACUGGCAAUCGCGAAGGUAACUCUGAAGGAUUUGGGCAACUACAGCUGUAUCGAUGUGGAGGAUGGUGUGGAGAAGCGCUUCUUCCUGCAGCCAAUCAUUCAGCCCAAGAUUGUUGAUAAGAGUAGUACACGGAUUCGUACGAAUAUGAAUAAGGAUGUGACCCUCUUCUGUCUUGUUGAGGCUUUCCCGCCGGAAGAGUACAAGAGUUCCAUUGAGUGGCGAAAGGAGGAUGUGGAUGGGAUGGAUUUUGCCGCUGUCAAGGAUAUUAAUCUCAAUCUCAGCAAUAAAACACGAAUUCAGGGGAUUAAUGAGACCCGAAUGAAUGUAACACUGAGUCUGGAGAAUGUUUCAAAGAGGCACAAUGGCACGUACACAUGCCGCAUCCUUAUUCCACGCACAGGAGAAGUAAUCACGGGGGAAUCAUCAAUUUUUGUCCUGGAUCGUCCGGAAGUUCGAUUGGAUUUCGUAAAAGCCGUCGGGGCUAAUAAGAUUUUCAUGAAUUGGACUGUAAACGAUGGGAAUGAUCCUGUCAUGGAAUUCUACAUUCAAUACCGGAAGGAGGGUGAUGAGAUCUUCACGUACUACAAGGAUCGCAUCAAGGGGAUGAAUCAAUCGUGCGUCCUGGAGCACUUUGACCCCUUGACAAGCUAUCAAUUUAAGAUUUCUGCUCAAAAUAAGAUCGCCAUGGGACCGGCCUAUACGCACCCAACGUGGGUGAAGACCCUCGAAAAGGAUCCCAUCUUUAUUCCAACGGUGGAAGUUAAGGGGAAUACGCAUUCAACGAUAACUAUCGGGUGGACACCACCACCACCGGAACUGUUGGAGUACAUUCAGUACUAUGAUUUAGUGGUGGUUAAUGCGGAGAAUGCGUCAGAAGUGAAGGAAGCGAUUCACCUGCAGAACAGUCGGAACUUACCGUACAUGUUUGAUGGGCUCCGUACGGCUUCGGAGUACAAUUUCCGCGUCCGGGCGUGCAGUGAACUCACAAAGGCAUGUGGAAAUUGGUCAGAAGCUGUCAUGGGAACCACAAUGGAUGGUAUUUCAUCGGAACCGGUUAAUUUGCACAUUUCCUGCAUUCACUACAACAUCUCCCGGAGGAAUUCCGUUGAGGUCACCUGGGAGCCACCAAUGACGAAGAAUGGGAAGAUUAUUUCAUACCAUGUUGUCCUGAGCGGCGUGGCGACCUUCCGAUCGGAUCAGGUGGUGAAGAAUGAAACAUGGGGCCCCAAAACGAAGAGUAUCGAUGAGAAAUCCUAUCGUGCCAUCUACGAGGGUAUUCCACCCAAUACAAACUACACCAUUCAGGUGCACGCUGUGACGAGGAGUAAGAAACCCGGAAUUCCGGCAAUUCAGAGCUGUGUCAUGCCCCCAACUGUUCCCGAUGCCAUUGGGAAGUUUCUCUGGGGCAAAGUGAAGACAGAGACGAAUGAUUGGGUCUUCAAGUUGAGCCUUCCGCGGAUUUCUGAGCGCAAUGGACCCAUUUGUUGCUACCGCAUCUACAUGGUGCGCGUGUCAAGGGAGGAAAUUGUCCGGAAUCUCCCACCGCCGGAAGAUCUGGAUGUUGUGACGUACCAAGAGGCGCACAAUAAUUCAAAAGGUGGCGCAUACAUUGCCGAGAUUAUGACGGGAGAGAAUUUCCAUUCGGAAAUCUUCCUGGGUGAUGGGAAAAGGAUGAAUGGGAAUGUGAGUGAGGAGGAACAAACGGAGGCAUGCCGGAAGUGCCUGGAGGGAAUUAUUUGGCGUUCACCGGCAAAGAAACGUCCCACUGUGACGACGACAACGACGACGCUGAAGCCAAUACUCCCGGAAGAUAUUCCCACGCUCAUUCCAGUUGAUGUCACAGACGCUGAGCAGGAAGUUUCAACGAGUUUACCGCAAACAAAUCGCCGGAGACGCAGAAGGCAGCACCUGGAGGAGCUGCGGAAUGCAAUGCUGGAUGAUAAGCCAACAAUUAGUCCACCAACAGAUGCAAAUGAAGCAACGGCUUUCAGUGUCUUUGACGGGCAGUUGGAUCUCAAGAGCGAGUACACGGGAUUUGUGGAAGUUAUUGUAAAAAAUCGUCAAGGAGACAAAGAUCAGGUUCUCUCGUCGUACAGUGAGUACUUCCAGAUGAUGCAAGCAGGAGCACCACCAAAUUUGGAUGAUAAUUCCGACAAUAUGACGUAUAUUCUGGCUCUUGUGGUUCAGAUCCUUCUUGCAUUGAUUGUCAUCGUUCUCAUCCUCCUCAUGUCCCUGUGCAUCGUUCACAAGUACUACACGAAGAAUGUGGCUCGUGGAGAGGAGGGAAUCAGCUUGCGGGAGAGCCUGAGGGCACUCUGUGGUGGUCGUACACAGAGUAAUCAUCAUCGUCAUCUCAUUGGGACACAAUCAUCGAAACCUCCGGAUAUUCCACCCAUUGCAAAGGCUGACAUGACGCAGGCGUACGUGAGUCGGCACAAGGAUAGUGAUUAUGGGUUUCAGCAUGAAUUUGAGAUGCUCCCGGAUAGAUUUAGUGAUCGCACAACAAAGAAUUCCGAUGCAAAAGAGAAUUCCGGAAAGAAUCGCUACCCGGAUAUUAAGGCAUACGAUCAGACACGUGUGAAGCUGUCAACAAUUAAUUCAAUAAUCGGCUCAGAUUACAUUAAUGCAAACUUCAUUUUGGGCUACAAGGAGCGGAAGAAGUUUAUUUGUGCUCAAGGGCCGAUGGAUGGGACCGUCAAUGAUUUCUGGCGAAUGAUUUGGGAGCAACAUUUAGAGAUAAUUGUAAUGCUGACGAAUCUGGAGGAGUACAACAAGACAAAAUGUGCCAAAUAUUGGCCCGAGAAGGUGAAUGAUGUCACGCAAUUUGGGGAAAUUGGGGUGACUUUUGUGUCGGAGGAACGCUUCUCGGACUACCUCGUGCGUGAGCUGAAGGUGGUGAAGCGUGGCUAUGAAGAUGAGGAGGAUAGGAGGUACAUUACGCAGUAUCACUAUCUCAUGUGGAAGGAUUUCAUGGCACCGGAACAUCCGCAGGGCAUCAUAAAGUUCAUUAAGCAAAUCAACAAUGUCUACUCACUGCAACGUGGCCCAAUAUUGGUGCACUGCAGUGCUGGUGUGGGACGCACAGGUACCCUCGUGGCGCUUGAUUCACUGUUACAGCAACUCGAUGAGGAGGGGCAGGUGGCGAUCUUCAACACUGUGUGCGAUAUGCGACAUCAACGUAACUUCCUCGUGCAAUCCCUCAAGCAGUACAUCUUCCUCUAUCGUGCCCUCAUGGAGGUUGCCCAAUUUGGGAGUACUGAGCUGCCGUGGAAGGGUCUCGGGGCGGCCGUUGAGGCACUCAAGACGCGUCAAGAUGGCAAGGAGCAGUGUCAAUUGGAGGUGGAAUUUGCCAAAAUCAAGGCGACGGUGGAUGAUACGAAGAAGACGUGUGCCGUGGCGAGUGGGGAGGAGAAUCGAUGCAAGAAUCGCAGUGAUAGUGUUUUGCCUUUCGAUAGAAAUCGCGUUAUACUCACCCCAAUACCUGGGCGCGAGCACUCCACCUACAUUAAUGCCAGCUUCAUUGAGGGCUAUGACAAUGCUGAGUCCUUUAUCAUUGCCCAAGAUCCACUUGAGGGUACAAUUGGGGACUUUUGGCGGAUGGUGUCUGAACAAAGUAUUAACACGCUUGUUAUGCUCUCUGAGAUUGGCGAUGGACCAAAGAAGAGUCCCCGAUACUGGGCUGAUGAUGAAAUUCAGUACGAUCACAUCUCCGUGAAGUACAUCCAGAGCGAAAGCUGCCCGUACUACACGAGGCGAGAAUUCAAUGUGACCAAUGUGAAGAUAGAUGAUACAAUUCAAGUCACGCAGUUCCAGUACAAUGGCUGGCCCACAGUUGAUGGGGAAGUUCCCGAAGUUUGUCGGGGUAUCAUUGAGCUGGUGGAUCAGGCACUCAAGCAUCACAACAGUCAGAAGGCCUACAGUCAAUCGAGUCCUAUUGCCGUUCACUGCAGUCUGGGAUCCGAUCGAAGCUCAAUCUUUGUGGCCAUGUGCUUCCUUGUGGAGCAACUUCGGGCAGAGAAGAGGGUGGAUAUUUGUACGACAGUGAGGAAAUUGCGAUCUCAGCGCAAUAUGAUGAUCGACACUUAUGCACAAUAUGAGUUUCUGCAUAGAGCGAUUGUCAACUAUGCUGAUCUCCAUCGAGUAUCUCUAGAUUCUCCCUCCGACUGAUUGAGAUAUGUCUAAAAAAAAGCAUAAUAAAAAUGCUUUUUUUUACAACAAAAAAAAUAUUCUCUCUUAAGGGAUGUUCUUUUUUUUUAUUAAACAUUUUAUAAAUUAUUAUCCUUGAAAGAAAGAAAAUGGUUGAUAUUCAAAAUGUUAUUAUUUUCAUUGAGGAUCUUUGCGAUAAAAAAGUUUCAUAGCUCUAUGGCUAAUAUUCUACAAUUGGGAAUGGCAAGAGAUGGCGCUGAUUGGGAUAAAAAACGACAUCUGUUGGGGAUUUUGUUCUCAAGCAGUGACAUCUCUUGAGAAAAAAAUCAUUUUCAAUAAAGAUCUUCAAAUUGAGAUAAUUAGAGACCAAGAAAAAAAAAUUCUCAAAAUUUUUUAAUAUUUUUGAAAGGGUUUAAUAUAAAAAAAAAAUAGGAACACCGAAAAAUAAUCAAGAGUGAGAUUUUCUAUCAAAUAAAUGAGAAACAAACUAAAAGAGAAGUAAAUAAAUCAAUCAUGUAGGAAGGAAAAUUCAAAUUUGGCCAUAUUAUAUUAUAUUUUAUAUAAAUAUUUGCAAGAUUAUUAAAAAAAGAAAGAAAACAAAAUAGUUCUAUAAGUUUUCUUUUUUUUUUUAUUCUCUGCUUUAGACUUUAGACAGAGAGAAGAGAAUGAAGGAGUUUAGUAGAAUUUGCAAUGAGAAGCAUAAUUUUAUUAAUAUUAUUAUUAAUUAAAUGAAAAUUUUUAUUAAUGUGACAACCAUGUAGGAAAUAUUAUUUGUAAAUAAUUUUUGUAUGAUUUUUUUUAAAAGAAUAUUUUUCAUAAGUUUUCUUAUUUCGCGUUUUAUUUUUUCAUUAGAAAUUAAAUAAAAAAAAACUACAGUAAUACUUAUCUGUCCAUUUGAGAACGAAUUGGAGCAUGUGAUUUCACAGAAAGAGGCUCUUUAUCCAUCCUUCCGAUAGUGAAGAUGAAUUUUUGUUUUUUUCAAUUCAUUAUAAAACUUUUUUUUUCUAAAAAAAAUCAUCUCGUCUUUACUCGAUUUUUUUUUGAAGAAAAAUUUCAUUAAAAAUCCUCAAGAAUCUCUUUAUAAGAAAAUUUUUUUUAAUGGAAAAAAAUAAAAUUCUGUGAAAUUUUCAUCUAGUCGCUGAAAAAUAUGAUCUUUUUUUUUUAUUAAAAAAAAUAAAUUAGAAAAAGCCAAAAUUUUCUUUUUAAAACAAAAAAAUCAACGACGGGAAAAAUUUAUUGUGUUCACUCAUUUUAUUUUUUUUUAAAUUUUCUAUCAUCAUGACUUCAUUUUUGGGAAAUUUUCUCAUUGAAACGAAACUUUUUUUAUUUUAGAAAUGAUUUUUAAAACAUUAAAAAAAUGUACUGGUAAGCUGACCAAGCUUACGGGAGCUGUGUUUCUUUCAGUGUACCAAUUUUGUGAGAGCAAAGUAGAACGCGAAUUAAUUUAAAUACGCGCAAAGUCGGGAAAAGUUGAAAAGUCAUACCCUAAGAAAUCUUUAGAAGGCCAUAUCUCGAGAACGGAUCCAUAGAUUUUCAUAAUUUUUUUUUGUUUUAAAGGUCUCGAAGUCAGCUAUAACAUAUCGAAAAAUGAAAAAAAAUUAUGUCGCCAUUUUCGAAAAAUUCGAGUUCGAAAUUUUCGAAAACUUUGUUUUUGACUUUAGCGCCUCUUGCGGACAUUCCUCGAAGUUGCAAUGUUCUAGACAUUUGUAGGGUUUCUCGAAACCUUCCAUUUGCGCUUGAGUUGAUCAAGAUCGGACUUGUAGAACCCGAGAUAUGACAUGCCAACUUUGGAAGGCUAUAUCUCGAGAACGGAUCCAUAGAUUUUCUUCAUUUUUGGCAUGAAGCUAGAUAAUAUGGUCAGCUACAACAUAUCAAAAAAUGAAAAAAAUUUAUGUCGUCGUUUUCGAGAUAUUCAUCGAAAACUCAUCAAAAAUUUUGUUUUUGAUUUUUGGCCCCCUAGCGGUCACUUUUGAAAGUUAGGAUGUUCUAGAGAGUUGUAGGGUUUGUUGAGAUCUUUCAUUUGACCCCGGGUUGAUCAAAAUCGGUCAAGCCGUUUUGGAGUUAUGGUCGAUUUUCGAUGAAAAAUUGUGGCGACCAUAUUGACUAAAUGGCUUGACCGAUUUUCGAAAAUGAGGUAUCGUUGGAAAGCUCUUGAUGGGCCCUACAACAUAUCAAAAUUUCAGACCUCUAGCUAUAAUAGCGGCUGAGAUAUAGCGAAAACAAAAUUUUGAGGUUAUCCAAAAUGGCGGACGGAGGGGUGGGGGGGUGGAUUUGACUUCAUAAUCGGAUUUCUUCAGGUCGAUAUUUAAACUUUGCCGUUUACCGCAAGUCUCUAUCUAUCACCGUUCUCUUGCAAUUUAAGUUUGGAAUCCGGACGGCCGGACGGACGGCCGGCCGGAAAAAAACUUAUUUUUGGCGCAUACGUUUUUUGGAAUGUGGGGACCCUAAUUCGUGCUCAUCCCAAGUUUGAGCCCGAUCUGACGACUUUCGAUUUUGCUCGGUACACAAAAGCUGUGUCUGAAAGAAACACAGCUAAAACACAUUUUUAUAGAUAACUUUUAUUCAAAGAAACUACAGAGAUUGAGGAUUGCGUAGUGCAAUACCAAAAAGAAAUUAAAAAUUAAUAAAUUUUUAACAAAAAAAAAGUCUUUUCUAACUCAACUUUUUGAUAAAGAAUUAGAAGAAAA